AUGAAAGGAGAUUUUGUUUUGCGUAUUGAAGAUACAGAUAAAACACGAAUUGUUAAAAAUUCCGAAAAAAAUAUAUAUAAGAUACUUAGAUAUACAGGGAUUCAUUGGGAUGAAGGCCCGAUUGUUGGAGGAAAACAUUAUCCUUAUAAACAGUCUCAAAGAAUAAAUAUAUAUUUGAAAUAUGCUAAUAUACUUCUUGAGUCAGGUAAUGCAUAUAGAUGUUUUUGUUCUAUAGAUCGUCUUGAAAAAUUAAAAAAAAUGUCUAAAAUUCAAGGACUUUCUGGGACAUAUGAUAGAAAUUGUAUGUCAAUUCAUAUGCAUGAAUCAAAUGAAAGAGCAUUAAAAGGGGAUAAAUUUGUACUUCGUUUUAAAAUUCCUGAGAAAUACCCAGUAGUUCAUGAUAUUGUUUAUGGGGAUAUUGAUUUUUCUGGUCCGAUUAAUAUACAAAGGAAAAUUUAUGAUGAUCCAAUAAUUAUAAAGUCAGACACUUUUCCUACAUAUCAUUUUGCCAAUGUUGUUGAUGAUUAUCUUAUGAAUAUAACACAUGUAAUUAGGGGAGAAGAGUGGUUACCAUCAACAUCAAAACAUCUUGCUAUUUAUCAGGCUUUUGGAUGGAUUCCGCCUAGAUUUGCUCAUGUAUCUCUAUUGGUAAAUCCAGAUGGUUCAAAAAUAAGUAAAAGAUGUAACGAUACUCAUAUUCAAAAUUAUAUUGAUGAAGGAUAUUCUUCAGAUGCUUUGUUAAAUUAUGUUGCUCUUAUUGGAUGGUCUCCAAAAACAUCUAAUGAUGUAUUUACUAUGCAAGAGCUGAUUGAUAGGUUUUCACUUGACAAUCUUACUAAAGGAACUGCAAUAGUUAUGCCAGAAAAGCUUAAUUUUCUUAAUAAACAACAUUUUCUUCGCUCUACUGAAAAUGAAGAUGGAAUUAAAAAAAUUAUCAAAAAAAUUAAACCCAAAAUUGUAUCAUUAUAUAAAAAAAAAAUUUUAGAAGAUAAUGAUACAGAGCGUCUUGAAGAUGAAUAUAUUUAUAAAAUUAUUCUAGCACUUAGAAGGAAAGUACAAAAUAUAAACCAUUUAAUUGAGUCAAGUAAAUAUUUUUUUGUCGAACCAGAUUAUAAUGAACAUAUUCUUAAUGAAUUUAAAUUAACAUCAAAGGAUUUAGAAUUAACUUUAAAAAUCAUUCAAGAAUUGAAUAAGAUUAAUAUAUGGAUUUCUGAUGAGAUUAUUUCUACUAUUACAAAAAUUGCAACUACUGAGAAUAUUAAAAUAAAAAAAAUAAAGAUGAUAUUACGAUUUUGCUGCACUGCAUCAAUUGUCGGCGCAGAUAUCAUUCAAAUUAUAUAUAUAUUGGGCAAAAAAUCUGUAAUAUUAAGAAUCAACAAAACUAUGGAAUGGAAUAAAAGCUUUUAUCACAAAUAA